GCGGGUAAUCUCGCGAGAUGAGUCAGGACCUGGCUAAUGGAAUGUUUGCUAACUUUUCUCUCCUACGUGUUUGUAAUUUGUUAACCGUUAACAAAGCUAACAGUGCUAACACCGCUAAUAUAGCUAACAGAGCUAACAAGUGAGCGUCGUGUCGGUCCAGAGUUUAAAUGAAAGCUGUAAUUCUCGCCGCCGGUUAUGGGACCAGGCUCCAGAGGGACGUGCUGGCUGACAGCAGCGGGAGGUUCGCUCACCUGGCCGGUACCGCCAAGCCUUUGCUGCCGGUGGGACGGUGCGCUCUGGUCUCUCACUGGGUCCAGGCUCUGACCGCCUCCGGCUGUGUGGACUCCAUCUAUGUUGUUACUAACGCUGUUUAUCACGCUGCAUUUGAGGAGUGGGCGUCAAAUUUCACAAAUGUCAAGAUUCUCAACGAUCAGACGAGAACCAACGAGGGGCGUCUUGGCGCUGUGGCCUGUCUGCAACUAGCAGUGAAACACUUCAAGAUAGACGACCAUGUCUUGGUGAUUGGGGGUGACACCCUGUUCAAAGAAGAUUUCAGCCUCAGUAAAGUCAAAGAGACGUUUUCUGGCCACCAGGCGAAGUGUGAGGACAGCUGCCUGGUGCUGUCGUACCAGUGCAAAGACGAGGAAACUCAUAAAUACGGGAUAUUGGAAGUGGACGGUGACCUGCGCGUCCUCUGUAUGAAGGAGAAACCUCUUCCUACUGAGACGAAGUCGAGGAGAGCUUGUCCCUGUUUCUACGUGUUUUCGAAGAACAGCCUUCCUCUGUUGGACACCUUCAUUGAGGAGAAGAAGGAGGCUCCGAUUGAAGAGAAAGACGCUCCAGGAAACUUUGUGUCUUGGCUCAUUCCAAGGAAGCCGGUUUACGUCCAUCAGAUCUCUGGCCGGUUCGAUGUUGGAAACCUUCCCUCUUAUAUUGAAUGUGACCUUUACUUCAGAGAACAACUGCAGGAUGUUGAGUCUUACAUGGUGUAGAGGACACAGAUGGACAAAUCCACCAUAUUUAUUGCGGCGUGUUUAAAAAAGUAUCCAAGAUGAGCACAAAGACAAUCAAAUGAUCAACUUCAAGAAUCUGUAAGAGGAAAUCAAGAAUUUCAACUGUAAAUAUCAAUUGUACAUCAUUUUAUAAUUCAUAUUUUUCUAUUAAAAUGAUUUUUAUAUUCUUUCA